CAGUCGGUGCGUGUAUAGACCUUCUGCGCACCUGUACCCAUCGUUCAACUGCAUCGGCAGAUAUCCCGCUCCGAGGACGCCCCACCGCUGGACGGUGAGGAUGGGAGCGACUCGGACGAGCGGACGACGCUCCUCACGGCGUCCGCAGGCUCCCGACGGUCCAGCUUCUCGCAGCAGGAGCCGGAGUAUGUGCAGUCGCAAGGCGUUACUCGCAUGGAGGCGAUCCACCGCGCCGUUAACCACCAUCGCACCGGCAAGCGCACCCUCUGGCUCGUCGGCGCAUCCAUCAUCGUCUGCGCGUGGGCGUACUCCCUGGACAUGGCCACGACGUCAAAUUACACCCCCCUCGCGGUGUCCUCAUUCAAGCAACACAGCAGCGGUCUCCCCUCCCUCUCCAUCGCCACAAACGUGAUCGCCGCUGUAUGCAAGCCGUUCAUUGCGAAGACGUCCGACAUCACAUCCCGCCCAUACACCUACAUCCUCAUCCUGUGCUUCUAUGUCGCAGGAUACGUCACCGUCGCACUGUCGCCGACCCUUGGCGUCUAUGUCGCAGGAGAAAUCCUCGUCGCUAUUGGCAGCUCCGGACUGGACCUCAUGAACGAAGUCAUCGUCGCCGACUUAACGACCCUCGAGUGGAGAGCAUUCGUCGGAUCCAUGCUGUCGACGCCCUUCCUCAUCAACACAUGGUUCUCCGGCCGGAUCGUUGAGGCAUUCAGUACUGGCGAGCGGUGGCGCUGGGGCUAUGGCAUGUUCGCUAUCAUCAUGCCUGUCGUGCUGGCACCUGCCAUUGCGACUCUGAUCCAUCUUGAUCGGGAGGCGCAACGCGAGGGCAUCGUCAACAUUGCGUCCAGCAACGCGGCACGCCGAGCUGCGCAUGUCGAGGCAGAGGGCAGUGACGUCCCGCGCGGCCUCGUCGUCGCUAAGCUCGUGGAAGAGCAGCCGUCCUGGUUGGAGCAGACGCGCAAGAACUUGAUUGAGAUCGACGCGGUCGGCUUGCUGCUUUUGGGCUUCGGUUGGGGGAUGGUCUUGUUGCCGUUCGUGCUGAACAGCAAAAUGAAGGAGGGUUGGGAAAGUCCGCACAUGAUCAUCAUGGAAAUCCUCGGCAUCUUAUCCCUCGCCGGGUAUAUCUACUACGAGGCCUACCACUCUCCCAUGCCCAGCGCGCCUCGACGAUUGCUCACCAAUCGCACCUUCAUUUCCGCCAUCAUCAUAGAUUUUGUUUAUAUGCUUUGUGGCUUCCUUCGCUCUGUAUACUUCCCGUCAUACGUCCUCAUCGUCAAGACGUGGUCCACCCGCAAUUGGGUGUACUUCAAUAACAUCACCACGUUCUCGUUAUGCAUCAUGGGCCUCAUCGCGGGCUUAAUUCAACGGUGGACCCAUCGGUAUAAGAUGCUGCAAAUAGGGGGCUUGAUCGUAAAGAUGAUUGGCAUUGGCGUCCUAAUAAGCGGAAGCGGUGCCUCGUCCUCCACGGCAUCCCUUAUCUCCUCGCAAAUACUUGUCGGCGCUGGUGGCGCUUGCAGCGUCGUCGGCUCUCGCAUCGCUUCCCAGGCUUCCGUGCCGCACCAAGACCUCGCGCUUACCGUGGCCUUGUUGGCACUCUGGACGAAGAUCGGCGCGGCCAUUGGCUCUGCUGCUGCCGCCAUGAUCUGGAGUCACAAGAUGCCGGGGCACAUGCGCCACUUCAUGCCCUCGUACGUGACGGACGCGCAGAUAAAGGAGUUCCUCGGGGACAUCAAGAAGAUCCGCGACUACGACAUCAACGAUCCCAUCCGCAUCGGCGCCAUCGCGGCGUACAAGGAGACGCUGUGGUACCUCAUCACGCCCGCGCUGGCGCUGUCGACCAUUUCCCUCAUCGCGGCUUGCUUCCAGACGAACUUCUAUCUCGGGAAGCAGCAGAACGCGGUCAUGAACGUCGCGCCGGACGGCUCGCGGCUGGACGACCGGGAGUCGCAGCAGGCGAGGGAGGGUGCGGCGGCGCGGUCGAGGUCGAUGUCGAGAGGAAGGCCGGCGCUCACAUUCAAGCAGAAGCUGCUGCGCUUCUGGGCGGGGAGGACGUGAGGAGCAUGUGUACAUUUUGGAAGAUCAGGUACCAAAAUAUUCACCAUCGUUUGGCAAUGCGCGCGGCGGCGUCGUAUACGGGAGUCGCCGGCCAGCCAUAUAUGUUAUGGAAGCCUUAGAAACCUGGAACUGUUGUAUGUAUCCCCUCUUGAGCACUUCUAAUUAUUAGACAACACCAUUGGACUUUUUUGGCGGUUUUGUACUCCAUUGGACGACUCCCUAAGGUUUGAGGUACCCGGCCUUCAAUGCGAACAGGUGCUAGCCUCUGGCGAAUCGUAGGUAAAGAGAUGAUAGUGUCGGCGUUGUGUCAUCUUGCUCGUGUUAUGCCAGCUGGUCAUGCAAUGUGAGUCUCAUCGCUGCAUACUGCCGCC